AUGUACGCGAAGACUUACCCGUCAUUGAAUCCUGUGGCGGAUCCUGCUGCCCGACAGCGCCUGAUGCAUGCAACUGCGCCGCCAGUUAUCUGUGGGACCCAAGUCGACGAGGAGCUGCUCUUCGCCGCCAUGAUGGAGCGCCAGCUACGCCAAGUGGAGUCCCAACGCGGCUUCGUGACCCGCCACGAAGUGCUGGCUGCCAUCGUCCGCGAACAGGCCAUCCUGGCCGAGCAUGCAGCAGCGGAGUACCCGUCGACGUUUGCGGCGGUUGUCACGCCCGGAGUGAAUCUGCAGUAA